UAAAAAAUUUUAAAAUAAAAUAAAAAUAUUCCUCCUCCUCCCCUCUUCAAUUUCACAAAAAAAUGCUAAUUGGAGGCAAAAUUAAAGUGAAGAAGGGAGCGAAUUGGAUUGAAAAUUUGCUGAACAGCAAGUUUUUCGAGUCGUGUGGAUAUCACAGAGAAAUAAGAAGAAAUGAGAAGAAUAUGUUUUGUAUUGAUUGUAAUCUCUGUUUCUGCAAGCACUGCGUAUCAUCUUCGUCACACUGCUUUCAUGAAUGGCUUCAAAUAUGCAAAUAUGUUUAUCAUGAUGUUGUCAGACUUCACGAGAUUCAAAAAUAUCUAAAUUGUUCUGAAAUUCAGACUUACAAAAUUAAUGGUGAAAAAGCAGUACAUUUGAAUCCACGUCCUCAAUCGAAAGAUAGCAAAACUUCCAAACUAAAGGGAAGUGUAACUUGUGAAGCUUGUGGAAGACAUCUUCAAGAUUUGCCAAAUCGAUUUUGCUCCAUUGCAUGCAAAGUAUCGAUAGAUGCAAAUAUUUGUAAAGAACAUUAUCAGAAGAACUUUGUGUCCACUCAAAUUACAAAAUUUGAUCUCUCAAAUGAAAACGAGUCUUGCAUCUCUUUGAAUGAGUCCUCAGAGGUAAUUCAAACAUGGUGCAUUUCAACUUUGAAACCAAGGAAGAAUUUGCACAAAAGGAAAGGUGUUCCUAGAAGAGCUCCUAUAUGUUAAAUAUGUUGAAACAAAAGCCAAGAAUACCAUCCUUACUAGUAAAAAAAGGGACUCGUCGAUGGAGAAAGCAUUCUGAUAGAAAAGCCGAUCACUACAUCAAUCGGCAUUCAUUCAGGAGAAAAGCAAGCGAAAGUGAAAAAGGGUUGGUGGUCUGGUCGUGAUUUAUAUUUUAAGUAGCAUUUUAGUUGGGAUGUACAUCAACAUAUGAUACCAAUAAUGUCAAUCUAUUAUACAAAAAAAAAUAUUCAAUUAUUAUAUAUGAAAGACAAUUAUUUUGAAAAACAGGACACAAUUUUGGGUCUUAGUUGGGUUGGUCGGUAGGGGUGAUCCCCACAUUGUCUGGUAAUAGCAACUUUUAGUGGUUGUAUAUCAUAAAGAUGGGGUCUUGAAUGUUUAAAUAUUCUGCCUUUUGCAUCUAUAUACAUUGUUAAUUUUUUUUU